AUGGCGCUGGACAGUCGUUGCCCAGUACCAGCUGAACGACCAAAAACUUUAAGAAAACUUAAACAUGUUUACGAAAAUACACAUGUGACGCAAAAUCAACCGUCAGCUGAUGACUCAUCUGAACAUUCCGGUGGAGAAAAAGAUGGAAAGCAUUGUGACCAAUCUUCAAAGCGCUCUCAUACGCCGACGAAUAGCAAUGACCAGCAACGAGGAGACCGUACAGUAUCUGUGUUGAGUCCAUUUGAUGAACAAGAAGAAUGGAAUAAAAUCUCAGAAAUUAUGGCCUCUUUUGGCACUGGUUUAGUACGAGAGUCUGUAUUUGUUACAGAAUUAGAAAAAGAAUUCCAAAGCAGGCUGGGUAUCGGUUCACAACCGACCACUCCGUUGCCUUCACCUCUUAUCUCUUCAGGAAACUCGCCUGCUCCAUUAGGUAUGUGGCUUAGAGGAUUAGGAAUGGAAAAAUAUGAAAGUAAUUUUAUAGAUUCUGGAUUUGAUAAUGUUGAAUUCAUGAAUGGACUUUUAUCAGAAGCAGACCUUUUUGAAAUGGGUGUCGUGGAUCCUGAAGAAAUCGCAGUGCUUAUGAAAGCUGUGAGCGAAUUGCCAAAGCCUACACCUCCAAUCAAAAUAACAUCUAAUAGUAGUAGUGAAAAUAACAACGGUACAUCUAUGGCUGUGCAGAAUUGGUUAGAGUCAAUAAAACUAGGAGAGUACGCUGAGACGUUUAGGAAACAUAUGUACACGGAUAUGGAACGAAUAGGGCGCGUGUGGGAAGUAGAACUUUCGGCUGUGCUAGAUAUCGCAAAAACUGGUCACCGAAAGCGGAUAUUACAUUCGCUGUCUGGAACACAAUCUCCUCCUGGACCCAAUAUGGAUGAAAUCGCUCAAGAGCUUUCACAAAUGAAAAACAAUGGACAUCAUCACCAACCGACGAGCACCGUUUCUUCUUCGAGCACUGCUCCAAAUCUUCGAACGAUUAAGGAGGAUGCCACCAGGCCUGCGACUUCUUCGGAGUUGGUUACGACGAACGUGACUGUGCCAGCGAGUACACUUUCACGGCACAGUCAUCGCAAAUCGCGUCCUGCUCCUCAGCCGCCGGUGCCGGCAGAAGAACUGGAGAUUCGUGCUCCAUCAGAACUUUUGUUGGGAGUGCCAAGCGCUUUGCGGACACAGUGGAGACAUACCCCGUACACUUUGCUUAACGGAUCAGUGGCUUAUUCUGCAUUUUAUAUGGGGUCGACGCUUGUGAAAGAGUUACGCGGCACGGAAUCGACGCGUAAAUCUAUGCAGAAGCUAAAAGCAUCAGCGGCCGCGCCCGACACGCGGCUUCACAACUCGCCGCCCGUUAGGCUUGCCAUUUCGCACCGAGGGGUGCAAUUCAUUAACCCACAAACCGAUGCCAUAAUUUGCGAACAUGCUAUCAGAAACAUCCACUGCGCUUGUCAAGACGCUGACGAUUUGUCACACUUCGCUUACAUUACUAAAGACUCGGACAAUCGUACGCACUAUUGUCAUGUUUUUCAUGUGGAUAGCAUGGACCAGGCCACGGAGAUCAUUCUAACUCUCGGCCAGGCCUUCGAAGUGGCUUACCAGCUCGCCCUGCGCGAGAGCAACUCGAAGAACAUGCAGCCAAUAACUCCGGUUCGCUCGGCGAUCGCCACGUGCCACAGCCCUCGGGCGCCCAUCGCAACCGAGGAACACCUCUAGUUGCGAACAUUACUGAUCGUAGUAAGUUUAUCCGUUGAUAUUUAUUAUA